GGUGGAUUAUUUUUUUAAGGAAUAAGCAAGCGCUGGAUUGGACGAAAGAUACAACAGUUGAGCGUGCGACAGCUUGGGUGAAGACUGCGCUCGCCCCCCUACGGCUCCAAUUUUGUGGCGUGGGGUAAACCACCGCAACAAAAAUGGGCCUCCUCCGCGCCUUAGGAUUUGAGCGCUACCGCGUCUCGAAGCUGAAGCCCCACCUGAAGAUGGCCGAGCAGCGCCUGGCUAUUCUCAACUCUAAGAAGACGAAUUUGAUCAAGACCCAGAAAAGGGAAAUCGCGCAGCUGCUCCGAGACGGGAAGGAAGAAAAGGCCCGUAUAAGGGUAGAGAAAUUGAUCAGAGACGACUUCACCAUCGAAGCAUAUGAAUUGUUAUCUUUGCUCUGCGAGCUGUUGCAUGAACGAGCAGCACUCAUAACUUCCGAGAAAGACUGUCCCCCGGACCUAAGGGAGGCCUGCUGUACGUUGAUCUGGGCGGCGCCCCGAACGGAAGUGCCUGAACUUAAGGUGGUGGCAGAACAACUAGACCUCAAAUACGGCAAAGAAUUCUUCAAUGAUGCAAGAAAGAACGUCGGCGAAAGGGCCAACGUGAGAGUCGUGCACAAGCUGGGGGUCGCGCCGCCGUCCGCCUACCUCGUGGUAAAGUACUUGAAGGCCAUCGCCGAAGAAUACAAGGUCCAGUGGGAGGUGCCCGAUUUAGAUCUAAGUGAAGAGCAGCUCGAGACGUCGGCGAUGCCCGCGCCGAGCGGCUAUUCUGUACCAGUGGCGCCCGGGAGUGGUUUGGAGGCGGUCUACGAGCGCGCCCCGGUGCCCCCGCCGUCGCCGCCGCCACCGGUCGCCGUCGUGAACCCCUCGGCACCUGUUGUCGGUUCUGUGGUCGGCGUCGUGCCGCCGCAGCCGCCCGUGGCCACGGUCGUGCCGCCGCCUGCGCCCACCGAGGAAGAAAUGCGCGCGAAGGCGAUGAUCGACGCGAAGCUCGCCGAGGGCCGCACGUUCACGAAGCCCGCCUACUUCCCGGAGGAGCCCGAAGAGGAGGCGCCUCCGGCGGAAGAGGAGGAGUCCAAGGACGAGGCGCCCCCGGACGCGGUCUCGGACCUCGAGGCGCGCCUGAACGCGCUGCGGCGGUAGCGUUCGCGUUUCGUUUGUAAUCACACACAAAUGUCUC